GUUCUGCACCCCCUGCUACUGGCUGAGUUUCCCCAUUCCUUGUCAAUAAGACAGACUCUUGUUUUCACAGCCAGUCGAUCACCCAGUGUCAUCACCCUGCCUGCUGGCUGGGCAGGGUAAUUCCUCAGGUCACCACCCUCUCCAGCCUGCCUUGGGCUUGGAGAGUGAGGAGGAGGGCCAGGGACAGCUGGCAACCCUGAACAUUCACCCUCCAUCGCUCCAUCACCCAGAGCAAUUCCAGGAUGUCCAGGCUCCUGAGGAUGUUCAGGAAGAAGGCUCUGCAGGUGGCCCCAGAGCCUGAGGGACGGCCAUGGACUCAGAGGACGAGGAGGAGGAAUGGGUGGACAUGGCCACAGAGGAGACUGCUCUCAAGAACAUCCGAGAGCAGCUCCAGGGCUGAGAAAAGGAUGAAGCCCAGCAUCUCAUGUUUCAGCACACCAUCCACCCCGCGUGUCUCACUGCACAACAGAGAGGGCAGGACAUGCUGGACCCACACUUCUGCAAGGCGGCUGUGACGGAGAGGAUUGUGCACCAUGACACCUGCCCUGGAGCCAGAACUGGAGACCCACCUCCUUCGAGCUGCCCUGCAUGCCAUCUUCACCCUGGGCACGGAGAAGGACACCACCCAAGUCCAGGUAGAUCAUGCUAAAGUCAUGGUUUGAAGAGCAAGCUGUCAACCUGCCACAAAUCAUUUUUAAUUGCCUGCAGUGGGAUGUGAAUUACAGAGGCCAGGAUAUGUGUUUGGAGGUCUCACCAGUGCUUCCCAGAGACCCCUUGUGACGGGACGGACUGGCCCCGCACUGGGACUGAGAGAGUUAACCCUUCCCUGCUGACAGAGGAAGCCAUGCCCGUGAGGCUCUGCUGCGCAUGCUCCAACCGGGAGUCAAACAUAAAAGCCUGCAGAACUGCUUAGUUCGGGCUGGCAGCUCAGGAAGAAGGAUGCUCUGCAGAAGCUGCAGCCCAGGAGCAGUUGCAAGGAAGGAGGGAGCUGAGGAGCCAGGAAGCGGGCCCAGAGACUGGCAGCUGUGGGAAUUCCAGGGAGCAUCGGGUGCUGAGGAUCCUGAAAACCCUGAUGCCACAAGAACUGGAUCUGCAUAGGGUCUUGCCAGACCUCCUGGACACCAUGCUUGGGAACCUGCUGGCAGAGUCCCCAGACACUGACAGGCUCCACUACAUCUUGAAGCAAAUUAACUACUGGAUUGUGUCCAGGGUGUCACAGGAGAGAGCCAGGGCCAUUAGGAGCAGCACGGCCCUGCUCAGAUACACCAUCACCCUUCCUGAGUUUGACAACUCCGCAGAAUUCCCCAGGCUGGGUCACCAUGUGGCACAGCUGGCUCUGUUCAUCAGUGACCCAGGCAAGGACCUCAGCCGGCAGGCCAGGGAGGGGCUUUACUGCCUCUACCAGCUGCUGCUGCACCAGAGGGGUCUUCAGCAAGUUCUUCUCUGAGAGGCAGAGAAGAUUUUUCCUCCGGACGGAGGGCAGUGCUGGCCAUCCACGACCUCCGGCUGCGUGUCAGCUAGGCUGGGCUGCUCCUCCCCUACUUCCUCCUGGGGGAAGCCCAUCAGCUGAUGGGG